AAAAGAGGGAGGGGAGAGAGAGAGAAGGAGCGUGUCUGUGUAGGAAUGUGAUUGUGUUCAGAGUAUGGGAGAUGGGACGGGCUGAUUGCACCAUACCAGGUGUUGAAGGAGGGGUGAGAGGGGGGGGACUUAGAAAGAUCAGCAACAACCGCAUCUCUUUCUCUCCACACCGACUAGUAUCUGGAAGUGGCUUGUCCACUGUGAUCAGCACAGCUUUGGGAAACGGAGCGGCUGGGACUGGGACUGGGACUGGGGGGGGGGGGCAGGCAGACAAUAAUGGAGAUGGAGCCAGUGACAGUUCUUCUCCAGGGUCAUGAGUUGUGUCUUUCCUUCACUUCUGUGUAACUCGACCACCUGGACUUGAGCUCCCCCACCCCCACCACCUCCCCUCACCUAUGCCUGCAGGACCAUGGGCAGUGUCAGCAGCCUCGUCAACGGCAACGGCCUCAACAGCAAGCACUGCCAGGCGUCUGAACACAGGUUAAAGAAGAAAACCAACACUCUGAGAAAGAGCGGGGGUUGCAGCCUCGACGAGUUACUGACGUGCGGCUUCACUCAGGGCUCCUCGUCCGCCGCCCAGCCCUCCAAAGGCCUGUCCCACUCCCGCUCAGGACGCAGCGAAGAUUUCUUCUACAUCAAGGUGAGCCAUAAACCGAGGUCAGCGCACUACAGAGGAGGACCAAUGGAAGAUCGCACGGGUGGAAAGAACCGAGAUGGGGAAUCAGAUGGGCGACUGCAACCAAAACUGCUGCUCAUGUCAGGAAACAUGGCUGAAAGGGUCUCUGCUGAGAAGUCAUUGAUCCGUUCCACUGCUUUCAAGCCUGUGAUCCCCAGGAGUACAUUGUCCACAGAGACAGGCCACAACAGCCUGGACCACAUCCUUUGUCCUCUGGAGAAAGCGAGGAGUCCAGACAUUAGACACAAGCAAGACACCUUCUCAGGGACUCUCUCCGACUCUGGACGUAACUCGAUGUCUAGCCUUCCCACCCACAGCACCAGCGGCAGCCUAAGUGCUUCCACGGGCCCUGUCUGUCACAGCGAUGGCAGCUCAGCUCUGGCAAACAGCCUCAGCAAGGGAGCACAGUCUAAUUUCCCUCCAUGGGUCACUGGGAAUAGCACUAACCUUGACUGCAGCUACAGGGCUGCUUUGAACAGCGGAGGGUUGGCAUCUAAGGCUAAUGGGGACGCUGGCUCCCCACUUUCUGCAGAUGAGCCAAGCACUCUCUCUGAAACUGCAGGUGGGAUUCGGUCCCCCAUUACUACAGAUGAGUUACUGAUUGAACGCUUGGAACAAAGGCUGCUGGAGAGAGAGACUGAACUGCAGGAGCUACAGGGGAGUUUUGAAGACAAAGAAACAGACACCUGCCAGUUGUUUGAGGAGAGACAAAGGUACUGUGCUGAAGAGAUGGAGGGGCUGAAGGAGCGAUGCUCCACUAAGCUUCGCCAAGUCUCCCAAAUGGCCGCAAAAACCCAGCAAGCACUCCAGCUGCAGGUCAGCCAGCUCCAGGUGGAGAAGGAGAGGCUCCAGGAGGAUGUCUUAAAGCUAACCAGAGAGAAGGAGCUUGUGGGGCUCAGACUGAGGACUUAUGCGACAGAGAGCACACAGCUCGCUCCGACACUCGAGGAAACUCAAUGGGAGGUGUGUCAGAAGUCGGGGGAGAUCUCCUUGUUGAAACAGCAACUGAGAGACUGCCAGGCGGACGUCAACCACAAGCUAAACGAGAUGGUCAGCCUCCGGGUGUCACUGAAGGAAAACACGGCAAAGAUGGAGAUGCUUGAGAGACAGAACAAAGACCAAGAGAACAAACUCCACUCUCGCACCAUAGAGGUUGAGGUGUGCCAAAAUGAACUACAGCGCAAGAAGAAUGAGGCUGAUUUGCUGAGAGAGAAAGUAGGCAAACUGGAGAAAGACAUUCAGGGAAUGAAAGAAGAUCUGGCACUGGCCAAGGAGCGGAGGCUGAACCACGAUCUGCAACUCGAGGCCCGGGCCCACACUCCGGCCUCGGAGAGACUCAUAGACCAGGGCUCAGACUCCCCCGCCCAGAGCCAGGCGGGGAAGAACAUCGAACGCGUCUCCACAGAAUCCCUCCAGAGAGAAGUGGAGAGACUGAAGCGGCAGCUCGGGGAGGAGAAGGACGCGCAGGAGAGGCAGGCCAACAGCUUUGAGCUGGAGAGGAAAACUUGGAACAAGGAGAAAGACAGAGUCAUCAAGUACCAGAAGCAGCUCCAGAUCAACUACCUGCACAUGCACAGGAAGAAUCAGGACCUGGAGAGGAUCCUGAAGGAGCUGACUGCUGAACUGGAGAGCCGCACAGAGCUCGGCAUGGACAUCAACUACAGCUCAGGGUUACAGACAUACGACGACGUUAUUGCCACAGAGAUUUGAUGGAAACACUCACAUACAUUCGGUUAAAGUGGUACACGGCACUUGGCUAUUAUUUCAGAUAUUUAUGAUCAAAACAUUCUCACUCUCCCAUCGCGUAAAAUACAGACGCUUGGUCAUGUGCCUUUUGCGUAUUGUUAUUCACGUUAAAAGUGCGUCCUUUGGCGUUGGGACUUUUGGCGUCCUUUGGCGUUUGUUAUUCACGCUAAAAGUCCCCUUUGGCGGGACUCUUGACGUCCCUUUUGGGGCUCUGGGGGGGGGGACAUACUGACUGACUAGGGGCAAAAGAACGGGACAGUUAGGUUAACCCUUGUGUUGUCCUCCCAGGUUAAUAAAUCUCUGAACCCUGAGGCCAUUUUUACAGUUCAUUGUCCG